UCGCGGUUCCUCUCGGCCCCGGAUGUGACUGUUUGGCUGAGGCGCCCCGCGCCCAGCGCUAGAUGGGAUUGGGCGCCCACAGGUGAGGUCAUCACGAGGCGCCGAGGAGGAAAGCGGGAAGCGCAGUGUCUUCUGGGCCAUAAUGGCAGUCAAGUGGACUGGUGGACAUUCUUCACCUAUUCUCUGCCUGAAUGCAAGUCAAGAAGGCCUAGUCGCUUCUGGAGCAGAGGGUGGUGAUCUUAUGGUUUGGGGUGAAGAUGGGACUCCAUUAGGACAUAAACGCUUCCAAGGGGCUGAUGAUGUUACCAGUGUCUUAUUCUCUCCCUCCUGCCCCACUAAGCUCUAUGCUUCACACGGAGAAACCAUUAGCUUACUGGAUGUCCGGUCACUCAAAGGUUCCUUGGACCAUUUUCAUGUGAAUGAAGAAGAGAUCAAUUGUCUCUCAUUGAAUGAAACUGAAAACCUGCUGGCUUCUGCCGAUGACUCCGGAGCAAUCAAAAUCCUAGAUUUGGAAAAUAAGAAAGUUAGCAGAUCACUGAAGAGACAUUCCAAUAUCUGUUCUUCAGUAGCUUUUCGGCCUCAAAGACCUCAGAGCCUGGUGUCAUGUGGACUGGAUAUGCAGGUGAUGCUGUGGAACCUUCAGAAAGCACGGCCACUCUGGAUUACAAAUUUGCAGGAAGAUGAAACAGAAGAGAUGGAAAGCCCACAAUCACCUGGUCAGCUUUUAAACCCUGCUUUAGCCCACUCUGUGUCUGUAGCAUCAUGUGGCAAUAUUUUUAGCUGUGGUGCAGAAGAUGGUAAGGUUCGAAUCUUUAGGGUGGUGGGAGUUAAGUGUGAACAAGAACUGGGAUUUAAGGGCCACACUUUGGGAGUAUCCCAGGUCUGCUUUCUGCCAGAGUCCUAUAUGCUGCUUACUGGAGGGAAUGAUGGGAAGAUAAUGUUGUGGGAUGUAAGCAGUGAAGUUGAAAAAAAACAGAAGAGCCCUACGAAACAUACCCACAGGAAGAAAACUAAAAAAGCAGCUUAUACAAAGCAGGGUAGAAAUACUCAUGCUCUAGUAACAGAUGAAGAACAUGGCAAAAUUUUACCAAAACUAAGUGUUGAACAUGGAGAAAAGGUGAACUGGCUGUUGAGUACAAAAAUAAAGGGAUACCAAAAUAUAUUAGUAGCUGAUCAAACUAGUUGUGUAUCUGUAUAUCCCUUAAAAGCAUUUUAAAUCCAAUAAAAAAUUUGAAAAACUGCA